UUGCAGGAGCAGAUCUGAUAUGGUCGUCGAGUUGAGGCGUGGAGAAAGAGACGCCGUUGAUGAUCGAGAGGUGCAUGCGAUGGCACGGGAUCUCGCUAACCACAAGCUGCAGGCGGAAAUGCUGUCACUGUCGUUGUUCAUUCUUCCUGGCAAUUCAUCGCUGGCCUGGGAAGCGCAUCAUGAUCGUCAUUUUGCUCGACGGCAUGAUGCCAUAGAGGAUCCGGGAAGUGUUCUUCACGAUAAGUGGAGAUGCAUCUGAACCUCGGUCGCUUUGAUGAAAAUCACCGUUGUUCCACUCUUGUAUUCCCCUUUUUCAGGAUGCCGAGAGCGGCAGCUUCAUGCGCGCUGUUGACGAUCGAUUUUCACAAGAGACAGAUAAACCAUCCGAUCGCAACUGACUACUCUGCAUUCUAGCGUUUUCUUCUCAUUCCACCUGAUUUCUCUAAUUAAUCUUAUCAGCAUGUCCUACGCUUCUUUAGCUGGAACCCUCGUUUGCCAUGCCUUGCGCCAUCCCGGGGACUUUUACUCCAGCGUCGGGCCCACGCUUAAUGAGCUGAGCUUUGGCCUGGCGGGUUCUUCCUUCGAACCGCGACGAGAUAUAGGCGAUCUUUCGGGGAAGGUCGUCUUUAUCACUGGUGGAAAUGCCGGCCUUGGAAAAGAAACCGUCCUCCAGCUCGCCCACCAUCGUCCGUCUCGUAUCUACCUGGCCGCUCGCACCGAGAGCAAAGCCCGCGAUGCCAUUGCCUCAAUCCAGGAGAUCCUCCCGGAGACCGUCGACAUCAGACACAUAUUGCUCGACCUAUCGUCCUUCGACUCCAUUCGUGCAGCGGCCGAGAAAUUCACCGCGGAAUGCGAUCGCCUCGACCUGCUGAUCCUGAACGCCGGCAUCAUGGCCACUCCGCCCGGUGUCACUGAGGAGGGAUUUGAGAUCCAAUUCGGAACGAACCACGUCGGACACUUUUUGCUCACGCAACUACUGCUUCCUACGCUGCAAAAGACCCUCGCCAGUGCCGUUCCUGCGCCGGACGUCAGGAUCGUGACGGUCAGCUCUGUCGGACACAAUGUCUCGCCAUCCUUCGAGGUGAUGACAUCCACGUCGGCUCUGCAGGCCACAGGACCGUUCACCCGGUACGGCGCUUCCAAGGCCGCCAACGUCCUGUUUGCAGCCGAGCUCGCUCGUCGCUAUCCGGAGAUUCUUUCGGUCUCCCUCCACCCGGGGGUGGUGAACAGUGACUUGUACAAUCACACCAAGGAAGCGGGCAUGAUCUCCAACAUCGGCGUUCAUCUCACCUUCAUGGUCUCACGGGGAAUCCGCACGGGGGCGUUGAACCAGCUCUGGGCAGCCACGGCGAAGAAAGAGCUACUAACUAACGGCGCGUAUUAUGUACCUAUCGGGGUUCGCGGGUCGAGCAAGUAUGCCGACGACGUGGAUAUGGGUCGCAAGCUCUGGGAAUGGACCGAAGCUCAAAUUGCCGCGGUCUCCCGACCGACAUGACUGCGUAGAGAUUUAGAUUCCAAUGAAUAAUGUUUACAGGGACCUGCCGG